UGAGAAUAUCUGGACCUUUCUUCAACCUGUAUGCAAAUGCUUCCUAGAUCAAUCUGUGGCUUGCUUAAUUUGCAGACUUUGAAGCUGGAAAGCUGUGUGUUUCUUCAGGAACUACCUAAACACAUGAGACGACUGAAAAAUCUUCGACAUUUUUACCUAAGUAAUUGUGUCUCAUUAUGUCAUAUGCCGCCAAAAAUUGGGCAAAUCACUUGCCUUAAAGACUUUAACUCUUUUCAUUGUGGGUAAGACAAAAGGUUCUCUCAUAGCUGAACUGAAAGGACUAAAUCUCCUAGGACAGCUACAUAUUAAACAUCUUGACAGAGUGAGCAAUCCAAUGCAUGCCAAAGAAGCAAAUUUGUCUGGAAAGCAAAGUCUCCACAGCUUGUACUUGUCUUGGGAACUUGAUAAUGAGAUUGAACAGCAGGAAAAUGCUGAAAGGGUUCUUGAAACCCUUGAGCCUAACCCACACCUUGAAAUUUUAGUCAUAGAGGAUUACAAAGGCACAAAAUUUUCACUCUGGAUGAGAGAGCUAAUUCUUAGAAAUGUUGUUUCUAUCAACCUUACAAGAUGUAGGAACUGUUGCCAACUUCCACUCUUAGGGCAACUUCCAUGCCUUCGAUAUCUUACAAUAAUUGGGAUGACUCAUGUGUUGUACAUUGACCAUAGUCUUCAAGAUGGUGUAAUGAUGAGAAGAUUCCCAUGUUUGAAGAACCUCGAUCUUAGAGAUUUGCCGAGUUUGCAAAGGUUAUCAAGAGAGGAUGGAAGAGAGCUACUCCCAUGUCUUACCCGCUUUAAGUAUAACCAACUGCCCAAAGUUGAGCUUGCCAUGUCUUCCUUCAGUGAAAGACUUGAAAGUGAGGGGCUGUAGUGAGGUGUUCCUAAAAUCAAUCUUCAGUCUCAGAAGCCUUACGUACCUUUCUUUACACAUUAACAAUGAGUUCCACAGGGGAUGCUGCAAAACUUCACCUCUCUUCAGUCACUGGCCAUUGAAAAUUUCAGCAAGCUUAAGAGUUUUCCCACAGAACUAGUCAGCCUUGGUGCUGUUAGAACAUUGUGUAUUAGGACAUGCCAUGAGCUUGAGUCUUUUCCGGAGCAAGGACUGGAAGGCCUCAACUGUCUUCAGCAUUUGGAUUUAAUCAACUGCAGAAGGUUUUCAUCUUUUUCAGAGGGGUUAGGACGCCUCUUCUACCUUGAGAGGCUGAAUCUUAAUGGCUGCCCAGAGCUGGUGGCUUUGCCAGAUGGUAUUAAAUACCUUAGUUUGCUCCAGCACCUAACCAUAUCUGGUAAAUUCACAGGUUUUGAUGCCCGUUAUAGCCCAAGAAAUCCUGGUUUUCAUAGGUUGAUAGUUAUGAAGGACAGUCCUGAAGAAUCUGAUUUUCGUCCUAAAUUGGUUGCCUUGCCUGAGUCCUUACGACAUGCCCUGGCACUGAAAGAAUUGAGCAUAAGCUUCUACCCUAAUCUAGCAUCAUUGCCUCACUGGUUGGGAGACCUUACAUCUCUUCGGUCUUUGCGAAUAUUUGAUUGCCCAAAGUUGCCAUCUCUUCCAGCAAGUUUUCAGAGCUUCACCAAUCUACAAAACUUGGGCAUUUCAGAAUGCCCUGAACUGGUGAAGCAAUGCGAGAAGGAAACAGGGGAGGGGAUGACUGGUACAAGAUAGCACAUGUUCCAAACAUAGACGUGGAACCCCUGCGGUAAACGGAAACAUAAAAGACUAAUUGUUGCAUUAAGCUGAUAGACAUGAUGAGCUAGGGCCGCUCUAUCACAGCCACUCAGGUGUUUGUGGGCAGUUAAUUCCAACAUUACGCCAGCCAAGGCGGAAAUUUCAUGUAACAACGUAUUAUUUUUUUUUUUUGGUUUUUUGUUUUAAUGAGGAUUGUAAUGUAUAUAUUGAGGUAGCAGUUAUGUUAUGAAUAUCUUUGUAUUGUAAAUAAAUGUGUUCUGCUCGUCCUUAUGUGGUGUAUACC